UUAUAAAUCCCGCCAUCUCCACGACGAACGACGAAUUUUAAUAAUAUUAUUUAUUUUAUAAAGAAUAUCAAAGAAGAUGUGAUAGUAUUACGGCAUUUUCUAUCGUCUGAAUGUUUAGUUCGUUAUCGUUUACGCCAAAAAGAUUUAUUAUAAUUUUAUGUCGAGUUGAUUUCAUACAACCGCGUGUUGUGCUACGCUGAACGAGUUGAAAACAAGAAGCUAUGGCAAACGUAUCCGUUGAUAAAGAGACAUUCUUUCGACGUAUGAAGCGGCUUUAUACCGCUUGGAAGGAUGGAGAAGUUGGUACAGAUGACAGUUUUAGUAGAAUGGAUUGUCUUGUCUCUGCUGUGGGCACGGAUGAAGAUAUUGUGUAUAGCAAAUCAACAGCAUUGCAAACAUGGCUACUCAGUUAUGAACUUACUGAUACCAUAAUGAUUUUAGCAGAAGAGUCUAUUUGUUUCUUGGCUAGUAAGAAAAAGAUUGAAUUUUUAAGGAAGCUUGAAAAUCAGAAAAUAGAAGAGACUGGAGUACCUCCUGUAAGCAAUUUUGCAAAACUUAUUAAAAUUAUAAAACAAAGUAAAAAGGGUAAAACAUUGGGCGUUUUUUCAAAAGAAAAUUAUCCAGGUGCCUUUAUGGAUGCAUGGAGAGCUGCUUUGAAGUCAGAGUCUUUUGAUACGGUUGAUGUAAGUGCUGCAGCUGCAUAUGUAAUGUGUCCAAAAGAAGAUGCUGAAAUUCUAACCAUAAAAAAGGCAUGUUUAGUGUCUGUGGACGUUUUUACCAAAUACCUUAAAGAUCAAAUCAUGGAAAUUAUAGAUUCUGAUAAGAAAGUUAAACAUUCAAAACUUGCAGAAGGUGUAGAUGCAGCUAUAACCAAUAAAAAGUAUGUAACUAGUGUUGAUGUUACUCAGGUAGAUAUGUGUUACCCUGCGAUAAUACAAAGUGGUGGAAAUUAUUCUUUGAAAUUCAGCGUCGUUAGUGAUAAAAAUACUUUACAUUUUGGUGUCAUUGUCUGUUCCCUUGGAGCACGUUAUAAGUCCUAUUGUUCCAAUAUAGUUCGAACAUUAUUAGUAAAUCCCACUAAAAUCAUUGAGGAUAAUUAUAAUUUCCUUCUUCAAUUAGAGGAGGAAAUUUUGAAAAAAUUAGUGGCUGGAGUGAAAAUAAGUGAAGUAUAUGAAACAGGUGUGAAAUAUGUGAAAGAUGAAAAACCAGAAAUGUUAGAUCAUUUAACUAAACACUUUGGAUUUGCAAUGGGUAUAGAAUUUAGGGAAAGUUCUUUACUUAUUGGCCCAAAAACUCAUGCAAUACUAAAAAAAGGCAUGGUAUUCAAUGUUAAUGUUGGAUUGGCAAAUCUUUCCAAUUCUGAAGCUACUGACAAAGAGGGAAAAGUUUAUGCUCUUUUCAUUGGUGAUACAGUUAUGGUUAAUGAGGUGCAACCUGCAACAAAUUUAACACCAUCAAAGAAAAAAGUGAAAAAUAUUGGAAUAUUUGUGAAGGAUGAAGAAGAAGAGGAGGAAGAUGGAAGUGGAAAAGAAAAUGAACCUAAGCCUGAAAUCCUUGGUCGUGGAAAGAGAACCGCUGUAAUAGAAUCUAAAUUAAGGACAGAACAUAGUUCUGAAGAGAAAAGAAAACAACAUCAAAAAGAACUAGCACAACAGUUAAACGAAGUUGCGAAAGCUCGGUUGGCUCAACAAUCUGGUGGAAAAGAACAAGAAAAAAUACGAAAAUCAACAGUAUCAUAUAAAAGUUUGAGUCAUAUGCCACGAGAAUCAGAAGUAAAGGAAUUGAAAUUAUAUGUUGAUAAAAAGUAUGAAACUGUAAUUUUGCCUAUUUUUGGAAUUCCUGUUCCUUUUCACAUAUCUACAAUCAAAAAUAUUUCUCAAUCAGUGGAAGGAGAUUACACGUAUCUCCGAAUAAAUUUUUUUCAUCCUGGUGCCACAAUGGGUCGAAAUGAAGGUGGAUCUUAUCCACAGCCCGAUGCUACAUUUGUUAAAGAAGUAACAUAUCGAAGUACAAACACCAAAGAGCCUGGUGAAAUUUCAGCACCAUCUUCUAAUUUAAAUACAGCCUUUAGACUUAUUAAAGAAGUUCAAAAGAAAUUCAAAAAUAGAGAAGCAGAAGAAAGAGAAAAAGAGGAUCUUGUAAAACAGGAUACUUUAAUACAGUCUCAAAAUAAGGGUAAUCCAAAACUAAAAGACUUAUAUAUUCGACCAAAUAUCGUUUCGAAGAGAAUGACAGGAGGCUUAGAAGCACAUGUGAAUGGAUUCCGUUACACUUCGGUUAGAGGAGAUAAAGUUGAUAUUCUUUACAAUAACAUUAAGAAUGCCUUUUUCCAACCAUGUGAUGGUGAAAUGAUCAUAUUGCUUCAUUUUCAUUUAAAACACGCAAUAAUGUUUGGUAAAAAGAAACACGUAGAUGUACAGUUUUAUACAGAAGUUGGUGAAAUCACAACAGAUUUAGGGAAACAUCAACACAUGCACGAUCGUGACGAUCUUGCUGCUGAGCAAUCAGAACGAGAACUUAGACAUAAAUUAAAAACUGCGUUUAAGAGUUUCUGCGAAAAAGUCGAAAGCAUGACGAAACAAGAGAUCGAAUUUGAUACACCCUUCCGAGAACUGGGAUUUCCUGGUGCACCAUUCAGAAGUACUGUUCUCCUGCAACCUACUAGUGGAUGUCUAGUUAAUCUCACAGAAUGGCCUCCAUUUGUGAUCACUUUGGAGGAUGUUGAACUUGUUCAUUUUGAAAGAGUACAAUUUCACCUUAAAAAUUUUGAUAUGAUUUUUGUUUUUAAAGAUUAUCAUAGAAAAGUUGCAAUGUUAAAUGCUAUUCCUAUGAAUAUGUUAGAUCAUGUAAAGGAAUGGUUGAAUUCGUGUGAUAUCAGAUAUACAGAAGGUGUACAAUCUUUGAACUGGACAAAGAUUAUGAAAACUAUUACCGACGAUCCUGAAGGUUUCUUUGACAGUGGUGGUUGGAGUUUCUUAGAUCCAGAAAGUGAUGCAGAAAACGAUGAAGUAGAAGAUGAAGAAGAAGAAGAGGAUGAUGCUUAUGAGCCGUCUGAUUUGGAUAGUGAAGAGGAAUCUGAUGAUGAUUCUGAAUACUCUGAAGCUUCAGAAGACUCAGCCAGUGAAGAAGAAGAAUUGGGAAGCUCUGAAGAAUCAGGUAAAGACUGGUCUGAUUUGGAACGAGAAGCAGCUGAAGAAGACAAAGAAAGAGGUGAAGAUAGAUUUCACGAUGAUUAUAAUUCAAGUAAAAAGAAGAAAGGCAGUCGAAAACAUUCACCUUCACCAUCAAAGGACAGGCAUAAUUCAAAACAUAAGAGUUCUUCAAGUUCAAAAAGUAAAAGUUCAUCCAGUAGUAAAGACAAAAAAUCAUCGUCGUCGGACAAACAUAGAUCGGAUCGAUCGCGGAGUGGGGGAUCACACAAGAAAGUGUCUCCUUCCAAAUCAUCCAAACACAGUCCCAAGAAGAGCGACAAACACGAUAAGCACGAUAAACACAGAUCGUCCAACCAUUCUUCGUCUAACAAUAAGAAACGAUCUCGCGAAGAUGAUGGAGAAAGAAAUGAUAGGGGAUCGAAGAAAUCGAAAAAAUAAGGAAGAUUUAUCUACGCAUUGGAGGAAGCACAUAUAAAAACAUGAACACCGAAUGUUGAUUCUGUAUUAAGC